CUUAAAAUUUUUAAAAUAUUUUUCUGGUGUAAUUUUUGUUGCUUGUAUUGUAGUUGCACAAAAUGUUGGCAGCUCUGAAAUUAUUGAAGUUGCUUUAAAAUGACAGUCUGAGUUGUUUAAAAAGCGGUUUUUCGAAAGAUGGAAUUUUUAAAAACAUUGUUUAAAUUUUGAUAAUAUUAAUUAACAUAAAAUACAAUUCAUAAAAGUUAUAAUUGAUAAAAGGUUCAAUGGCUGAAUAUAAAAAAAUUAAUCAAGAAUUAGCGGUUCGAAAUAGUGAUUUAAGAUUAACGAUCGCAGAAUUGAACAGAGAAAUAGUGUUUUUAAACGAAAUUAUAGUUCAAUUGAAAAGUGAAAAUGCUAGCAUUAAAGAUUCUGUUAAAAAGAUAUUAGCAAACUCUUAUUGCAAAAUACUGACCGAAGUAUGUGGUAUGCCAAAUGUAAUUGUGAAGAAUAAUACUGCUUUUUCCUCAAAUUUUAUGUCACCUAAUCAAAAUGCAAGUAAUAGUCAAAAUAAUGAAGAAAGUUGUGCCGGUUCUUCUAAGUCCAAUGGAAAUGUAGCAGAAACAUCAAACGCCGAUAAUUCGCCUUCAAAAAAUGUUACAAGAUCUCGAAGGGGUCGAACUAAACCACAGAACUGUUUGCUAUUACCUCAAGAAAAUGAAAAUAACUUGAAUAAUCCUAAAACCAUAAGAAAUGAUUACGAAAUAGAAAAUUUAAAAUUUAAUGGGAUAGAAAAAGACGAAACUCGAAGACAUUUACAAACUAUAAUUGAGGAAGAAAAUUCCGCUCGCAGCAGCUACAGUAACACAGCCAAAUUAGAAAAUGAUAAUACUUUAACACAAUUGAAUACAAUUGUCUCUAAAACAAACCAAACUUGUAGUUAUGGUGAAAAUUCGUAUUUAAAUAAUACAAAAGAAAUGAGUUCUCUUUUAUUUCACAAAACAUUUAGUGAUACAACAUUGAAUCUUCUUUUGAAUGCUCCUUCAAGUACACCUUUUAAGAAACGAAAAACUCCUCGUGAUGACAAGAUUUUUUGUAAAAUACCUGUGGUUAAAGUACGUCGAUUGCAUAAAAAAGAUCUCAUGCCGUUAAUGAUACCAAAAAAAAGAAUUCCUAGUACUAAACUUUUAAAAGGUAAAGUGACAGUUAACACAAGCAAAGAAAGUAUAAAUUUAACAGAUAAAGCCAUAAAAUCUGAAAACAACGGUGAGUCUUUGAAAGAUGAUAUUCACCUUCGCCCAAGACGGAGGGCUGCACCAACAUGUUUCAAAGAAAUUACACUUAAAACAAAGAUGAGAUAUGAUCCAAAAAAAGAAAUUUACAACGGUGGUGAUAUCACUUCCAGGACAAAUGGAGGUAUUACAGCUUUAUCAUUCAUAGUUCGUCGUACACCAGAUAUUAUUCCGAAAUUCAUUGCAAAACUGGAUUCAUCAAUUAAAGUGAAUGAUCAUGAAAUUGGUGAUGUUGACUGUGAAAUUAAAUUAGAUUUUCGCCAACUAGUACCAAACACUGAACGUGGGGAAUCUGAGCUAAUAAUGUCAUUCAUUGAAGUUGGGCAAAAAAGAAUUUUAACUCAUCCACUAUGUGAAACGUUUUUAUUUUUAAAGUGGCGCAGAAUUAGAAAGUUUUUUUUAAUGAGUUUAUUUUAUCAUGCAGCUUAUGUAUUAUUAUUUUCAUUAUAUGUAACUGGAGUUUAUGUCAAGAGCUGCUUAGAUGACGCAAGCUGUCGUCCAUCAAGUUAUAGUUCAGUGGUUGGUUACUUUGUUGUUGUUUUGAAUUUAGCUCUAACUGGACGAGAAUUCUUUGAAAUGGGUCACGGAAUUUAUGCAUACGCAAAGUAUUGGGAAAAUUGGUUACAAUGGACGAUUAUAUUAGGGGUAUUUCUUUGCGUGACGCCUGACACAAUUAUAGCAAGAGACUUAGAAAAGGUUCCUAAGUGGCAAUUUCACAUAGCAGCAAUUAUAAUAUUUUUAGUUUGGUUGGAGUUAAUGAUGCUUGUCGGAAGAUUUCCAAUUUUCGGACUGUAUAUACAAAUGUUCACAAAAGUUGCUGUAAACUUUGGAAAAUUUCUACUAGCUUACUGUUGUCUUUUAAUAGCUUUCGCAUUGAGUUUUUCUGUGUUAUUCAGUAGAUACAAAGCAUUCAAAAGCAUCCCUUGGUCAUUUCUUAAAGUAGUAACGAUGAUGGCUGGCGAAUUGGAAUUUGAAGACAUAUUUUACGGAGAAGAAGAAGAUACGAAGUCUGGAGAUGCUUCUUCGGAUCUCUUACAAGCUGAUACAGAAAUUAUAUCAUUUCCAGUGACUUCUCACAUAAUAUUUUUGGCUUUCGUUUUACUUGUCACCGUUAUUUUAACAAAUCUUGUUGUUGGUUUGGCUGUAAGCGAUAUUCAAGGACUUCAAGUUUCAGCUGGCUUAGAUCGAUUAAUAAGACAAGCCGAAUUAGUUUCUAGGCUAGAAGGUUUAUUUUUUUCUCGUCUCUUAAGAAAAACUCCUCCAAAGUUAUUGUCUUUAUGUCAACGAAGUGCACUUCUUCGAACAUCACGGUAUCAAUUACAAUUUAUGACAAGACCGAAUGAUCCUCGGGACACUCAAUUGCCAGAGGAUAUAAAAUUAAACAUAUUUAAACUUGUUGCUGAUCGGAGGGAUCGUAACCAAACUAUUCGUAGAAGAAGAUGUGAAGACAAUUUUGAUACAUUUCAAAGAAGUGUUGGUAGAUACGAUUAUUCAAUGGGAAUAAACUGUUCCAAAGAGGAUACCUGUGCCCUCCGACCCCGUUCUAUAGCUUUUUCAAGGCAACGUUUAUUUUCUGAUAAUGAAAAAGGCAUGAAUAAAAUAAAACUUACUGCUAAAAAUUCAAUAUUUGACUCAACGGAAUCUGAUGAACUAAAAGACAUUAAAACUCAAUUGAGAGAUAUGAAAGCAAAGUUCGACAAAUUUACGGAAAUUUUAUCAAAGAAAAUGAACGUUACAGCGGAAGAGCUGUGCAGAAUAAAAAUGCAAUUAGAUCAAAGAUCGCAACACUAAAUGUUUCACAUAUUUAAUAAAAUUAGUUUAAUUUUUUACGGCGAAACCAUUUUUUUUUGUAAUUUUUGUAUAAAUUAAUUUGUUAAUUAAGAAAAAAUAUAUGAAAAUAU